AUGCGCUUGUGGCCGCUGCCUCUCAUCGUGGUCCCUGGCUUGCUGCAGCUGCUGUUUUGUGAAAGUGAAAAGGUGAUACACAGCACAGAGGGUGUGGACUGGGAAGAAAGAAAUGUUCCAGGAACAUUGGUUGGACACUCAAGGAUUACCAAUCCUCUGCGUCUAUUUGUUAAACGGGCUCCAGGGCCAAAGCCAGCAUAUGCAGACAGCAUGGAAAGCUUUUGGGACUGGCUGACCAAUAUCACAGAGAUUCAGGAGCCACUGGCAAGAACUAAAAGACGGCCAAUAGUGAAAACAGGAAAAUUUAAGAAAAUGUUUGGGUGGGGUGACUUCCAUUCUAACAUUAAAACUGUCAAACUUAACCUGCUCAUCACAGGGAAAAUUGUUGAUCAUGGAAAUGGAACUUUCAGUGUUUAUUUCCGACAUAAUUCGACAGGUCUGGGCAAUAUUUCAGUGAGCUUGGUACCUCCCUCUAAAGCAGUGGAAUUUGAAGUAGCCCCCCAAUCUACCUUGGAGACUAAGGAAUCCAAAUCUUUCAACUGCCAUAUUGAGUAUGAAAAAACAGACCGGGCAAAGAAGACCGCUUUGUGCAAUUUCGACCCAUCCAAGAUCUGCUACCAGGAGCAGACUCAGAGUCAUGUGUCCUGGUUAUGUUCCAAACCCUUCAAGGUCAUCUGCAUUUACAUUGCCUUUUACAGUGUUGAUUAUAAACUUGUACAAAAGGUUUGUCCUGACUACAAUUACCAUAGUGAGACACCAUACUUAUCUUCUGGAUGA